AUGCAUCAAAGUGAGAAAGCAAUUUUUGAAGGAUUUGUUGGCGAACGUUAUCAUGGAAUUGGUGUUUAUCUCAAAAAAUUUAUGUCCAUGUUUUCAGAAACUCUAAAAGAAGAUAAAAUUUCCUUCCAACCAAACAAAAAUCGUUACAUAAACGGAGACAGAAAAUCCGAACUUAAAUUAAAUGAAGAUAUCCUUAUUGACAUGUGCACUAUUCUGCUAAAGAAACAAGAAGAAUGUGCUGCAGAGAGAAAGAGAAAACUUAAAGAAAGAACAUAUGAAAAACUAUCACGUGACAUGAUUAAAAUGAACGAGGUGAUCAACAGCAUUCAAAAUCGUUCCAUCAAUUUUAUUCGUUUAGAUUAA